UUUAUCUCUAAACCCUUGUCAAAAAAAUGGCUUCAAAGCUCUUCUUUCUCAUAACAAUACACAUUGUUAUGGCUCCCAUGAGUUAUGCUGUCUCACGAGAAACCCUUUGCAAAUCUGCUCCAGACCCUUCCUAUUGCAAAUCUGUUCUUCCAAAUCAAACCGCAGAUGUCCACAGUUCUGGCCGGUACUGCUUCGGUAAAGCUUUAUACCAAUCUCAGAAAUUUGUGAGAUUAGUUGACAAAUAUCUUCAACGCCAAUCCGAAUUGUCAAUGCCAGUUAUUAGAGCUCUGGAAGAUUGCCAAUUACUUGCUGGCAAUAAUGUGGACUUUCUUUAUGGCUCUUCUCAGGCUGUCAAUAAGACCAGUAAAACCCUUUCUACCAUGGCAGCCGAUGAUGUUCAGAGCUUAGUCAGUGCCAUUUUGACAAACCAACAGACUUGUUUGGACAGCCUGGAAGAAACAUCUUCGUCUUCUAGCUUGAAGAAUGGUAUAUCAGCCUCUCUCUUUAAUGACACAAAACUUUACAGUGUAUCUCUCGCCCUUCUUGCAGAAGGGUGGGUUCCUAAGGAAAAGAAAGCGGCCGCAUCGCAGCCUACAAGGAAGCAACUCUCUUUUACAAAGGGACGUUUACCGCUGAAAAUGUCUAGCCAAAAGCAGGCUCUUUAUGAGUCAGUGAGCAGAAGAAAACUUCUCCAAACUACUGAUGAAGUCUUGGUGAGCGAUAUAGUUAUAGUGUGCAAGGAUGGCACUGGAAAUUUCUCCACCAUCAAUGAUGCUAUUAAUGCCGCUCCAAACAAUACUGAUGGUAGCAAUGGGUACUUCUUGAUUUAUGUCCAAGCGGGUAUCUAUGAAGAGUACAUUUCCAUUGCGAAGAACAAGAAAUAUUUGAUGAUGAUAGGAGACGGCAUCAAUCAAACAGUGAUCACCGGCAACAGAAGCGUCGCUGACGGGUGGACGACUUUCAAUUCUGCAACCUUCGCUGUGGUUGCAUCGAACUUUGUUGCAGUGAACAUAACCUUCCGCAACACGGCUGGAGCAGCCAAGAACCAGGCCGUGGCGCUUCGCAGUGGAGCAGAUUUGUCUAUAUUUUAUAGCUGCAGCUUUGAAGCAUACCAAGACACCUUAUACACACAUUCUCUAAGGCAAUUCUAUAGCGAAUGUGACAUUUAUGGUACGGUUGAUUUCAUAUUUGGAAACGCUGCCGUUGUUUUCCAAAACUGCAACAUUUAUCCCCGGCUGCCGAUGAGCGGACAAUUUAACACCAUCACAGCACAAGGCCGGACGGACCCUAACCAAAAUACAGGCACAUCAAUUCAAAAUUGUACUAUUAGAGCAGCAAAUGACUUGGCUUUCACCAAUCAAACGGUGAACACGUAUCUGGGGAGACCAUGGAAAACGUACUCGAGGGCGGUUUAUAUGCAGUCAUUUAUGAACAGUUUGAUAAAUCCCGCUGGUUGGCAGAUAUGGAAUGGAACUUUUGCUUUAAGCACAUUAUAUUUUGCUGAGUAUAAUAACACAGGACCCGGAUCAAACACCAUCAACAGAGUCACAUGGCCUGGUUACCAUGUGAUAAAUGCUACAGAUGCCGCAAACUUUACUGUCUCCACUUUCCUUGUUGGGGAUGCUUGGCUACCACAAACAGGAGUGCCUUAUACUGGCGGUUUAAUGUAAGGCAUAAGAUGUACUGAUGUAGCAGUUUGAUUUUUAUUUAUUUAUUUAUUUAUUUUAUUCUUUCAUUGUGAUUGUUUCUCAAGGUAGCAACAAGGAACAUUUAUUACUC